AUGAUAGGGCCAAAUGGUGAAGAGUUGGAAUACUCACUACGUUUCGAAUUCCCAGCCACCAAUAACGAUGUCGAGUACGAGACGGUGAUUACGGGUUUGGGACUGGCAGCCAAACUGGGGGUAACUUCAGUAGAAAUUUGUAGUGACUCUCAGUUAAUAGUCUGGUUUAAAAUAACAAAGGUCUCCCAAAAAGAUAAUGAGUGGGCAGACACAUUGGCUAGGCUUACUUCUGCUAACCCCAGACAUCUGCCUCGCACAGCAAAUGUGCAAAUCUUAAGACAACCUAGCAUCCAGGAUGUUGUCGAUGUCGUAAAUGUCGAGCAUGAGGAAAGUUGGAUGGAACCGUUGAUUGAAUAUCUCAUGAAGGACAAGCUGUCGGAAGAUGCUUUCACGGCAAGAAGGCUUACUUCUGCUAACCCCAGACAUCUGCCUCGCACAGCAAAUGUGAAAAUCUUAAGACAACCUAGCAUCCAGGAUGUUGUCGAUGUCGUAAAUGUCGAGCAUGAGGAAAGUUGGAUGGAACCGUUGAUUGAAUAUCUCAUGAAGGACAAGCUGUCGGAAGAUGCUUUCACGGCAAGAAGGCUAAAGGCUUGGGCAGCCUCGUUCGCCAUCAUUGAUGGACUGCUUUACAAGCGAGGUUUCAUAAUUUCGUAUUUGAAAUGUUUGUGGCCGACAGAAGCACGAGAGGUGCUAGUCGAGAUACAUACAGGAAUUUGUGGCAACCACCAAGCGACAACCGCCCUUGCGUUCAAGGCACUACGGCAAGGAUAUUAUUGGCCUAGCAUGAAGGAAGAUACUAAGGAGUUGGUGAGGAAGUACGAUGCAUGUCAACGCCAUGGAAAUUUGAUCCACAUUCCAACUAAGCAGCAGACGUGGGUAGAGGCUGAGCCCUUGGCUACCAUCACAACAACAAAGGUGCAAGGUUUCGUCUGGAAAAAUAUAAUAUGCAGGUUUGGCAUACCCAGAGUAGGCAUUACAGAUAAUGCCAAACAAUUCGACAAUCACAGUUUUAGAGCCUUCUGCACAAGCUACCACAUCGACCACAGGUUGACUUCAGUCGCUCACCCUCAGUCAAAUGGACAAGCUGAAGUGACCAAUCGAACUAUACUAUGGGAUUUGAAAACAAUGCUAGAAAAGGAGAAAGGACUUUGGGCGAACGAGUUGCCCAAUCCUGACGUCACAGCCAUCAGGGCGGAACUCGACUUACUUAAAAGGGCUAGAAAAAGGGCAGCGAUAAGGAUGUUAGCGUACAAGCGAAGGGCCGCUGAAUAUUUCAACCGAAGGGUAAGAUCCAGAGUUUUUCAACCUGGUGAUCUUGUACUAAGAGAUGCAGCCGCAGUAAAACAUCUCCCACCGAAGCUCGGGCCGAAUUGGGAAGGGCCAUAUGAAGUAAUCCGCAGCCUCGAAAAAGGAGCCUAUAGUCUAAAAGAUAUGAAAGGAAAGCCAUUGGGUAGGCCAUGGAAUGCGGAAUAUCUCAAAAAGUACUAUCAGUAG